AUGGCUGGUUUAAGUGAAAACAAAUGUGAUAAUGAAAAUAUUAAUAAUAAAUUAAACAGCGAAUAUAUAACAAGUAAAGAUAUAGGAACAGACUAUAAUUACAAACAUGAAAUCGUGUGGCAUAAUAUAGUAUUUUUCUCAGUGUUACAUUUCUUUGGUUUAUGGGGAGCUUAUAUAUUUUUUUCUGGUGGAAUUUGCUUUAAAACAUACGUAUGGUUCCUUAUCGUUAUGACAAUGCUUGGCUUCGGCAUAACAGCUGGAGCCCACAGACUUUUUACUCAUAAAUGUUACAAGGCGACAACAGCUCUAAAAGUGUUCCUCAUAUUAAUGCAGACCGCAUCGGGUCAAAAUUCCCUUUUCGUGUGGAUCCGUGACCAUCGCCUCCAUCACCGGUUCUCAGACACGGACGGCGACCCUCACAAUUCGAAAAGGGGCUUCUUCUUCUCUCAUGUAGGCUGGUUACUGACUAAGAAACACCCAUACGUAAAGGAAUUAGGGAAACGGAUCGACAUGAGCGACAUAAAAGCUGACGAGCUCAUUAUGCUUCAGAAAAAGUAUUAUCCCUACAUAUUCGUUGUCACUUCCCUGCUGGUUCCAGUAGGUGUACCAUAUUACUUCUUCGGGGAACCUUUUGUAACUUCGCUGCUAGUAUGCUUUUUCGCGCGUUAUGUGAUACAACUUAACGGCACUUGGCUUGUCAAUAGUGCUGCACAUCUAUAUGGCACGAGGCCGUAUGACAAAAAACUUCAACCAGUUGAGUCAUGGUUCGUGUCUUUAUUCUCGUAUGGUGAAGGCUGGCACAACUACCACCACGCCUUCCCUUGGGAUUAUAAAGCAGCUGAACUACCUACAUUUAUCAACCCAUCGACCGCAUUUAUAGAUUUAUGUGCUAAGCUUGGCUUAGCUUACGAUCUCAAGACAGCGUCUCAUGAAAUGGUCGUAAAUCGCAUCAUGAGCUCAGGCGAUGGUACCCACUUCGACCUCGGCAAUGACGAGGCCAAGUCCGCAGUGACAGCGACUGGUAUAGUCCACCCACUGAACAUUACAUACAACGUCACAUACCCUCCUCCCAACACUGCACUUAGUGAGGAGGGAUUACCGCUUUGUGAGAGAGAAGCGCUUCAACAAACAACAUUUCAAAGGAGAUCCGCGAAGGCCUGAACUCAGAGCAUUUGUUUCUAGGUUAAGUCAAAUGACAAUUAUUUUACUCUGAA